AUGAGGAGAGUUGCGGCAAGCCAAAGCGUUGUGGCUAUCGCUGGUGGAUCUGGUGCUGGCUGGCUUUUGCCGCUAAUUGAAGCGUUCCUGCGGCAGGAUGAGCAUCAGGCUGCAGUGAGCGCAACAGACCCGCACCGCGACGGCGACGAAGAUGUCAACAGGAAAGCUGCGAUGAAAGUGAUACUAGCGACAAGAGAUUCGCUGACCAGGAAUUGGUUCGAGCAGGCCGUCAUGGAGCUAAUAGCGAACAAGCUGAGCGGAUGUCGCUAUGACGAAUUGAGCGUGGACAUCUACUACACCGGUAAGGAGGAGGAGCAUAAUAGUGCCAUCGAAAACCCGAGCAGAUUGGAAGAGAAGUCCCAAGUUUCGAGUGAGAGUGUUGGCUCAGGGACGAAAGCGUUGUCGACAGAUGUACGUCGCUCAGAGGAAGCCGCAUCAGACACCAUCCAGACUGCGCUCACCCCGAAGCAUGUAUCGCAACGACCAGACCUUUCAGCCAUCAUCGCCGACGCAGCAGAGUACGGAACUGAAAGUACGUCUGUACUGGUAUGCGGCCCGUUGAGUAUGCAGAGCGAUGUGUCGAACGCUGUUGCUCGUGCGCAGAUCGGUGGCAUGAAGGAUGGGAAACGGGAUGUGUAUCUGCACAUGGAACACUUUUCGUGGGCUUAA